UUUGUGUCGCAUUGUACAUGAAGUGCCUUCAAACUACAACAAGUUGUAGUUUAGAGUGGCAGUGUGAUGGCUGGCCAGGAAGCUAGACAUAGAAAAAGUAAAGGUUCUUCACAACGAGGGAACAAAUCCACAAGUCCAUUCAUAGAGGAGGACGAAUUUGAGGUGGAAUCUCACAGCUGCACAUGGACCAUUCUCAAAAUCUUUGUGCUGGUGCUGUUUGCAUCCUUUCUCAUCCUCAUUCUACUACCCUCUCCAAUCGAUCCCAUUUCACAUAGGUUCCCAGAGGCUCCAGCUUUAGAGGGUGUUCUGAAACCUAAUGACAUUUUGUCUAAAGCCCAGCACCUGUAUCAAAAUGAGGUGUUAGGUCCGGAGUCCAUCGUCAUAAAGGGAGAUCACAUGUACACAGGCACAGCUGAUGGGAAGAUACUGGAUAUACACAAGGGAGAAAUACGUGUUUUGGCUAGGUUUGGACAAGAACCAUGUGGAGGUUUUGAAAAUGAGCCCACAUGUGGUCGGCCAUUAGGGAUGAGGUUUGACAAUGAUGGCUACCUGAUUGUCUGUGAUGCUUAUCUGGGCCUUCACAAAGUCAAUGUUGCCACAGGAGAUGUCCAUGUUUUAUGGCCACACACAGCUCCCAUUGAUGGAGAAUUGGCCAAACUGUUCAAUGCUGUGGUCAUUGCCAGCAGUGGCAUGAUUUACUUCACACAUUCUAGUACCAGAUGGGAUAGGAGGCAUUUCAGAUUCAGUAUCUUAGAGGCAGAUAUGACUGGCAGGUUGAUACAGUAUGACCCAGUCCAUAACACCACAACUGUACUUGCCUCAGGGCUGAGUUUUCCUAAUGGUUUGGAACUCUCCAGGGGUGAAGACUUCUUGAUAAUGGCAGAAACAACAAAGGCUAGGCUGUGGAAGUAUCACCUGUCAGGUGCCAACAAAGGUGCCAUGGAGAUUGUCAACAAUAACCUACCUGGAUUUCCAGACAACAUACAGAAGAGUAGUUCUGGCGGGUUCUGGGUAGGACUGGCAGCAGUAAGAUCAAGGGACAGAUUUUCCAUGUUGGAGUUCACUGCCCCUUAUCCCUGGAUGAGAAGUCUAAUGGCCAAGCUCCCCCAGGAAGUAAUGAUGAAGAUGUUGCCAAAGUAUGGCCUUGCUUUGGAGAUUGACCAGUCUGGAAAAAUCAUACGGAGUUUACACGACCCUACAGGAGAGAAGGUGGGAAGUACAUGUGACUUGGCUGACAAGGACGGAGUGCUAUAUCUAGGCUCAUAUUAUUCACCUUAUAUGGGCAAAGUGUAUUUGACGCAGCAAACAAAAAAGUCAUAGUUUCAGAUUAGUGACAUUGGUGGCUCUUGCAAACUAACGUAGCUAAGAGAGGUGAUUUUACGGUAUGAUAGCUGCUAACGGCGUCAUUGAGCUGACAGGCCCAACUGUGGGAUGUACAUGUAUAUUCAACCUAGCCAAUACUGUAAAAUCACCUGCUUUAGAUUGCGAGACCACCCCCCACCCCCCACCCUGUUUCGUGCAAAUAUGUGUGAACUCGUGCGAGACCUAACUUGCCGAUUCGUCUUUCUUUUUUAAUGGAAAACUGUAGCCAGCCAAUUGAUUUACAUUCUCUCCAAUUUUUAUAAACUAGGUACUGGGUAGUCAAACUGAAGUGAAACUGAUAAGGAGCAGGAAGAAAUUUUUCAAUACAUGUGUUAAAGUUCAUUAAAGACCAGGGUUCAAAGCCUUGUUAAAUGAGCUCAUUACUUCUGUUAACUGAAUCAAGAGCAGCUCAGCUAUAGUGGGUGUUUCCCAGUUAUCAGAUGGGUGGCACAUAAUAUGAUGCUCACACUAAUUCACAAGCUGCCUUUAAUACUGGCUGUUAACGUCUUCUAGUCACAAAAUGGCUGACAUACUGCCAUUCUCUGGCAUUAGUAGAACCCUAAUCAUUCAUUUAUUCCUUCACGAGCAGCCUGUCUCAUGAAAACAUGCAUGGGGAACAUCAGAUGGUUCUUGCGAACAAGCCUGACAAGUAUUGUAUCUAAACAGAUGUUGUGUGUAAAACAAUAUAAUGUGGCGAUGAGUCUGUUGUUUACGAAGCGUGUUUACAUGUUUCUAAGGCAGUUACAAGAGAGAAAUAUAUUGUAUACAAUCAAUACAUUUUUAUACAUAUAAUUACAUACAUGCAUCUGGACAUGAUUUAUACAGGAUAAGGCUGUAAGACUGUGUGUGGGUAUGUAAAAGUGGUUA